AUGCGUAAUGAAAUCAGUGAUAUAAAAAACAAUUAUGCCACGGUGAAUCAAUUAGAUAAGUUGAAGAAGGAUUUAGAAUCAAAUAGGCCAGUGGCAUCAUUUUUAACCGGUAAUAUUAACAUAAAUAAAAGAGGAGGGUACACGCUUGAUAGUGGACCGGUCGGUUUAUCACCAGCAGGCAAUGAAUCAUUGUCGAGGCACUCGAGUUCACAGCAUAGAGAACCGUCCAAAUAUCGCUCACUCGUUCGCGCUAACGAGGCAGAGAAGUCGAGUGCGGCCGCACUGAUUAAUUCGACAUUAUUGGAUAACGAAAUGUGCACGGCGUUGUCUGAAUCACCUGUAUGCGCUAAAUUGACGAGUGAAGCUAAACAGCCUACUAUGGCGCAAAUUGUAAGUAAUGGAGAGUGGAAAACACAAAAUAAACCAACUGAAGAAUAA